AUGGAUCCAGCUUUCAGUGCAAUAACAGGAUUGCAGACGAACAUAAGCUCUGAUUUGAAUGCCGAGCUCGAUCCUGGUGUAUAUUCUGAUGAAAAACCGCCAUUUGUGGUGGAACUUGAUGGAUCUCUUCCUUUCUACAUGCUCGAUGCAUAUGAGGAGUUUUCUGGUUCUAAUGCUAGCAAUAUCUAUCUAUUUGGGAAGGUCAAAGAAAGAAGUACUUAUCACAGCUGUUGUGUGGUAGUGAAGAAUAUGCAAAGAUGCAUGUAUGCUAUCCCAAAUGGCCCUGUAUUUGAAGACUCUGUUAUUAUGAAGCUUUUCACACCAAGCUUCAUAGGAAUUAUGCAUUUGAAAGAUCCCAUAGAGCGCAAAGAGAAUUAUGUACUCAAAAUCAGCUAUCCAUUCAAGGACCCACCACUUCCUUCAGAUCUUAAAGGAGAAACCUUUCGUGCUUUGCUUGGAACACAUAACUGGAAAUAUCAUCAAGGAGACAUGACUGGGAGUUUGUUAUCAAAGGAGACUGGAGAUUUCUGUCUUGAACAAAUAUUAUCUGAGCUUGACAGGUCAUGUGAAGAAGUUGUUGAAGUAAUACACAACAAACUCAGAAAGGUACAAGAGGAUAUGAGGAAGGGAGAAAUAGGGUUGGAGAAAUAUAUUAUCACAAAAAUGUCGACUAGACCACCUGAAGCCUACCCAGAUGCCAAAAGUCAACCUCAUGUUGAAAUUCUGUUGGCGUAUUACCUUCCAACAUGGAGAGCGAAUGUAAUUGAGGUGGAUAUAGAAAUUAAUCCAUCAAGAGUUGUUGGAAUUUUAUUCUCUGUGAAUGAUGAAGGUGGUGUACGUGGUGGACAAACUGGGCCAGGAACUUAUAAGUGCAUACAAGAGUUACCAUUUGAAGUGCAUAUAGGAGUUACCAUUUGCAUUUCUGUUUUUAGUAUAAUAAUAGAGUUGUUAAGUCCAAGUUUAACAUUUCUGUUUUACUAUAAUAAUAGAGUUGUGUUUAGUCUUGAGAAGGAUUAUGGAAUGAAAUAUUGUCCAUAUGAAGCAGGUGUCGAUGUUUUCUUGUCUGGAUACGUUUUUCACUUGAAGAUUUUGCAUGAGAGAGGCCUAGACAAUAUAAGAAAAUCUGAAAGUUAUCAAGUAAAGAGAGUUUCCUCAAAGGUAGCAAGGAAAGAAUUAAGAAUGUUGAAGCUGGCUGCAAGAUAUGUUGGAGCUCUUAGAGAAGCUAAGCACAAACUGGAGAAGUGA